AUGGCGGCCAGAAGGAGGCGCUGCCUCCACCGACCAGUUAGCCCAGUGUGUCCUGCACUACCGCCACCGCCUGCAGGGGGCGCCGGAGCGCCGAUCCCCGACGCCAGCGUGCGCACGCGCACUCAGCACGCCUCUGGCAAAAAGGGUACCUCUGCUUCCUCUGGACCCGCUGUGGGGGAUACGGAGGAGGUGGGGCCGCGGCCACAGGGACAGGAACCGGGUGUAUGCAGGACCCCCUGCGAAAGCUUCUGGGGGACGUGUGGCCGCGUCCACGCUGGAAGGAGCCCCGCCUCCUCAGGACCCGCUGUGGAGGGUGUGGGGCCGAGUCCACAGGGACAAAAGCAGGGUCUCCUCAGGCCCCGCCGCGGGGGAGCAGGUGUAGUUAAGGAGCUGCAUCAGCACUGGCAGACACGUCUCAGAGCUGACCCUGCUGCACAAACAGCAAGUGUCUGGAAAGCCCUAACCCGGCCCAGCCUCAGAGAGGAGGAAGAGAGCACGGUCUCCAUCAGCCCUCUACCCUCAAUGCUGCGGGUCUGCAUACCGCUGCCAUCCCAGGCCCUCAACUCUGCCCUUGGUCAGGGUCAGCUGACCCUGGCGCUCCACCCCGUCCCGCCCACGCUCUCUGCCCUGCACCGGAGCUCUCCACCGGAGGACCAUCAUUCAGUGUGAGAAGACGCCAGUCAUCGCCAUAGCUGCCU